GUAGACGUUACCUUAUGUAGCUGCACUAAAUGUCAGUGUCUGCUCCACUGCUCUUCUUCACAGUUUUCGAUAAAGAAUUGCUCAUAGUAUGAAAAUUAGACUUUUUAGAGGCGGGCUGGGGAAGGACGUGGGCCUGCAAGCCACUUCUAUGAUGCCUGUACUGCAGCCACUGUUGUUGUGGUACUUGAGAGCAGACAACCAUCCAUCGCCAUCUUGUCACAACUGUCCAGAGUUACUUCCCUGGAAGCAGCAGUUCCGUUCCGUUUGUAUCAGCUCCGGGAUCUGUUGUCAACUCAGUUUUGAUGAAUGUCUGCCUGCUAUACAUCUGAGGAAAAGUGUCACAAAGAGAAUUUAAAAGAACACGGAAAUGAAUUACAUGGCAUAAAUGAACAUAUCAAGGCUUGUAACAAAUCUGACUGCCAUCAACGUCUGAAGUGAUGCCUGCUGUCGCAGUCGGGUCAAGAGUCUGAGAGAAGAGCAGUCCUCCGACCAGCAAGGUUAUCAUUGUAUCGGCGUCAAGUGUAGCAGACACAGACAUUGUAGCUGUGACAUAACUGUGUAACUGGAAUGGCCAAUGUAACAGAGGAAUCCCUCAUGGAAGUUGAGACAAGAGAGGAUGUAAGGCACAUAGAUGCAUCAGCCAGUGAAACUACAUUUGAUAGUGCAGAGCACAGACAGUCUCUUAUUGAAAACAUCAAUCAGCUACGAACUGACAGUGGGUAUACAGACAUGACCAUCAAAAUUGAGUCCAAGUUAUAUCCAUGUCAUAAGGUUAUAUUGGCAGCAGGGUCACCAUAUUUCCGCACCAUGUUUGCGUCUGGCAUGGAAGAAAGCAGGAAGGAACUUAUAGAAAUGAAACAAAUUGACCCCAUUGUAUUUGGGCAAGUUCUCAAGUUUAUUUAUACAGGCAAUGUAGAAAUAGGAGGUGCCACUGUGCAAGACCUUUUCACACAAGCCCAUCAGUUUCAGAUUUCCCAGCUAGUGGAGUCAUGUGUUUCUUUUUUUCAGGAAUGCAUGAAUGAGAGCAACUGCCUUGCUGCAAUGACACUGGCUGACUCCCAUGGCCAUCGCCCUAUGUAUGAUUUCGCUAAAAAGUUUGCAUGCCAGCACUUCACAAACAUUGUGGAUGAUGAUGAUUUUGUUCGGAUGUCAGUGGAGUGCAUUAUCGACUUAUUGAGUGACAGACGCUUAAAUUGCAUCAAGGAAGAGGAGGUGUUUGAGGCUGCUAUUCGAUGGCUGGAGCAUGACACUGAACAUCGCCAAUACCACACCAAUCGUGUUCUGAAGUGUAUAAAGUUCCCUCUAAUUGAUCGUAGUUACUUAAUGGAUGUUGGCCGCAAAAGAUAUCUGUCUGGUGAUGAGGGUAGGGAGCUGUUGGAGUCUGCUGUUCUAUAUCACACAGUUCCAUCACGCAGACACACCCUACCUUCUUAUCAGAUAACGCCUCGUAUGUCCUUUCCAUACAUUGAAUGCGCUGUUCUUCUUGGGGGUCGACUUGGGGAAGGCCUAAGUAACGAUGUGGAGUGCUAUCGCACAGACACCCAAGAAUUCAUGGCUCUCAAACAACUGCCCUUCAAAAAGCGCAAUGAAUUUGCUGCCUGCUCCAUUGGAGAUGAAAUCUUUGUGUCGGGUGGUCUGCGCAGUGCUGAGUUUUGGAAGUAUGACCCUACCUUUGAGUCUUGGCUGCGUGGAGCUAACAUGCUUCAGGCCAGAAGGCGGCAUGCAAUGGCAGCUGUAGAUGAAACUAUCUAUGUGUUGGGAGGCUUUGAUGAGGAGAAUGUGCUGGACUCUGUUGAGGUGUGGGAGCGUAAGUCUAAUAAGUGGGAAACAUGUGGAAGCCUUGUUACAGCAGUGGAAAACAUGGGCUUUACUGCUUUUGGAAAGAAAAUUUAUCUUUUUGGUGGCAAAAAUACUGAGGAGCUGGUGACCAGUUUGGUUCAGUGCUUUGACACUAGCACUUGUGAAUGUACCCAACUCACCCAGAGCCUGCCAGCAAAUGACAUGUGCAUCAGUGCCGCUGUUCUCAAUAACAAGAUCUAUGUCGUGGGCCUGGAGGGCUUCUUUGCAUAUUCCCCAUCAUCUGACCAGUGGGAGGUUCUACCAGACAUGAAGUUGCCAAGGGACUUUGUUUCCCUGUGUGUUUUAGACGAAAAGCUAUAUGCGUUUGGGGGGCGUCGCCGUGGAGCUAAAGACAAUUUGUACUCUGAUGCUAUCGAGGUUUUUGAUAUUGAGAGGAUGUCUUGGGUUCAAGUUGGCACAACACCAGUACCGAUGUAUUCUUAUGGCUGUGUGCGAGUGUUUUUAUCGCGUCCUCUUUUCACCUGCAAAGUGAGCAAACCAGGAGUGGAUGGAGUAGGACCAGUUAGAAGCAACAUGCAGUCCUAAUACAGCCUGUCAUCAUCUUUAGUGUUAUACUUUGAUGCUUUUGGUCAUUCUGUUGAGCAGAAACUUAUGUUAUUGUACAUGCAAGUUCAUGACUGAUGAGUAUCAGAGCGCUGUUCUGGUCUAGUUUCUAGUGCAUUUGUGUCGACAAUUUAUUAUUUAACUCAGUCCAUUAUAUGCACGAUGCAUGCAAUGCACAGGAUAUUAACUUAAUUGAUUGUCGAACCUUUGAUGAGGGUCUGAUUCUGCUGCAGUAAGCAUUAUUUUUCACUGGUUUUCAGAGACCUCUAGGUAGACCCUUGAUUUGCAGAAUUCUCUUUAGUUUUCAGCUUAAAAAGCUCAAAUGCAGAAUGUUACAUAGCGUGUCUAGCUAUAUCAGAUAACAUUUGUUUUAAAACCUUAAAACAAAUAUAUUACUUGAGCAGCAAAAAGUCUCUUUGAAAUGCUUCAAAAGAAGGUCUUCAUGAAAGAGAUUCUAAAAUUUGCUUUUCUUUCCUAUGUGCUCUUGCUUAGGAAUUUUUUUUUUACAUCGACUUGAGGUGGCAACUUUAUAAUGUGUCCUAAAUUCUACCAGAAUGUGCAGUUAGUUUCUGUGUUACAGUUUAUGUUGAAUAGUCAUUCGUUCCAAACCUUAAAGGCAUGAAUGGUUAUUGGUCUCUAGUUUCACUUAGAAUUUGCAAUCCUGCCUCCACUGCACUCAAAGGGUGAAAGUUGUUUUGUUCAGCAAGUAUCUUGAAAUUCUUACUGGAUGCAUCAAAAUCUUAGUAGGAAAACUCACAGGCUUAUUGUGUGCUGGUUUAAAUUAAAAUGUGCACAAAAAUGGAUGGGUAUUAAAAAAAUCAUCACAUAAUUGUGGGACAAUUUUUUAAUACUAUUUUAUUGUAUAUGGUGGACACCUAAGUUAUUUAUAAACCAUUUUUAUAGCAAUAUAUAAUAAAAUGUGUGGAUAGCUAUCCUUAUAGCUUUCACACCCGUGCAGCAAAAGUAGAUAUUGGAAGCCAGAGUCUAAAUAUUUUUUAACUUUUCCCUCCUCAACAACUUUCUUCACAAUUGAUGAGCAGAAAUAGUGGGUUAUUGGAUUUAUUUCUUUCAAAUUUUCAGGAGCAUGUUAAAAAAAAAUGGUGAUUGUCAUUGUUUAAAAAAACAUUUUUUGGAAACUGCAAUCUGACAGUGUUUUAAAUUGUGCUCAUUUGGGAAAGUUUAGGUAAUCUCAUUUUAUUAAAUAAAAAUUCUUCUUAGGCCUACACUCCUAAACUACAUUUUCAAGAACAUGCACAAGUCUUUCAUAACAUUUGUUUGAAGUCAUUUUGUAAAAGUAGCCGUUUCUCAGACACUUGUGAAAGAGAUGUACAUUCAAAUAUGAACCGAGAGUUUGAAAUUCUAGUAAGAUUACUGUUAUAAGCUCUUGCAUUUCAAAUGAGAGACAAUCUUUUUAAUUUUAUUUUAUUUUUUUAUUGAAACAAUGCCUAGGAAGGUAAAGGAAAGCAGAUAGCCAAAUGUUUAGAACUGUGGCAUCCAAACCCAAAUGUGUUGCUGUGUGGUGCAACAAACUUCCUGCAGUUGACCUAGCUGACCUACCUUGCUCCAAAGACUGGGAAAGGAGAGGCAUUAAAAGGAGAUGGGCAAUCCCCUCACAAAAAGCUAGCCCUGAGAAAAGUGUGGUCUCUAACAUCUCACUUACCAACAACCAAAAGGUUAGGGGUCAACCUUAACCUCAAAAGGGUAAGGAGGAGACAUUGUUAAAGACACUUGCACACAGUAAAUAUGACAUUUAUUACUUCUAUGUUGGAAAUGAAUUUCCCCUGUGUGAUCGUUUUUACUAGGUUUCCAGGAUUUAACAAUAUUGUAAGGUGCAGACUAUAAUAAAAUAUUCUUGCAGACAUUUUUGUCCAGAUAUGCAGGAUGGUGGCAUUUUUAGACUAUGUAUUUCCUGCACACUAGGCAGAUAUGACGGACAAAAUGCCAGAAGCAUAUUUUGCUAUGUAUGUACAAUUUAUUUGCACAACUUUUGGUCAUUAGUUACUGAAGCAGGCUCCUGAAAAUAACACUAGAAAAAGCACAUGCUGUUGUGUUCACAAGGCCACUGUGGAUGUAGUUUCAAGACAAAAGUAGAAUUAAUGCACAAAGUCUAAUGCCGUGUAAUUAUUACAGAGGAAUAAAAAUCAGCGAUAGAUUAAAAGUUAUUGUUCAUGUAAGCAUUUUACAAAUUUUAAAGAGAAAAGACUGAGAGGCUGCAAAGCUUAUA